AGCAACAGCCCAUCAGAACUCACGCUCCUACCCGGCAGCCGGGUGUCCCCAAGAAAAGCUGGGGAGCCUGGGAGGCAGCCGGGGCUUGUGGCUGCUGGGCACCCAAGCUGACCCGACCAGGAGGCUGAGAUCUGGGCACAGAAUGGCCCCACGGCGAGCUGUACGGCUGUCUCUGAAGAAGCCCACUCAUGCUGUGUGUGUGGCAGGCGUGGAGACGCUGGUGGAUGUCUACAGUGAUGUGCCCAAGGGUGCCAAGACCUUUGGGGUGUCUGGGAGCUCUGAGGUGAAGACCUACAUGGUAUAUGACCCUGUUCGGGUGCCGGAGCCUGCAGGCCGGGCCCACUGGCCCCUGGAUGCCAAUGUGGAUGUGGUGGCGGUGGCAGACACAGCCAGUAAGAACUUAAAUGACAUCAAGGUGAAAGUGUCAUAUUUCGAGUCACAAGAGGCUGGUGCCCUGGGCCAUAGCGUGCUAUUCCUCACUGCUGUUGAUGUGUCCCUUGACGUCGACACAGGCCGCACAGGCAAGGUGAAGAAAGGCUCGGGUGACAAGAAAACAUGGCGCUGGGGCUCCGGGGGCUCCGGGGCCAUAUUGUUGGUAAACUGUGACAGAGACGUCAACCAUGGGUCCGGGGAGGACCUGCACGACAGCCAUUUGAGGUCCCUGGAGGACCUGCAGGACAUGUCCCCAAUGGUGCUGAGCUGCGGUGGCCCUGAUGCACUCUUUGAGAACCACAAGCUGGUCUUGAAGGUGUCUUUGCCUGAUUCCAGAAGACUGAGAGUCUUCUGUGCCCGGGGUGGGACCUCCGUCUCCAACUACAAACAGGUCCUAGGACCCCGUCAUCAGUCCUAUGAGGUGGAGCGGCGUCCUGGCGAGAAGGACAUCCGGUUUUACGUGGAGGGGCUUACCUUCCCUGACGCCAAUUUCUCAGGGCUGGUCUCUCUCAGCAUCAACCUGGUGGACACAGAGCCCCUCUCCGAGGUGUCACUCUUCACAGACAGCGUGACCUUUCGAGUGGCCCCCUGGAUCAUGACCCCCAACACCCAGCCUCCUCUGGAGCUGUACGUGUGCAGUGUGACAGAUGCUCAUGGGCGCAAUGACAAGUUCCUAGAGGACAUGGCCCACCUGGCCCUGAAGGCCAACUGCAAACUAGUGGUCUGUCCCCGGGCAGAGAAUCGCAACGAUCGCUGGAUCCAGGACGAGAUGGAAUUUGGCUACAUUGACGCCCCUCAUAAAUCCUUCCCUGUGGUCUUUGACUCCCCCCGAAACAGAGGCCUAAGGGACUUCGCCCUUAAGAGGAUCUUGGGUCCUGACUUUGGCUAUGUGACCCGGGAGAUCCAGUAUGCAGGCGCCUCUGGCCUGGAUUCCUUCGGCAACCUGGACGUGAGCCCGCCAGUGAGGGUGGGCAACAAAGAGUAUCCCCUCGGCAGAAUCCUCAUCGGUGGCAGCUUCCCCAAGUCCAGCGGGCGGCGGAUGGCCACGGUGGUGCGUGACUUCCUGCAGGCCCAGCGAGUGCAGGCUCCUGUGGAACUCUACUCCGACUGGCUUUCCGUGGGCCACGUGGAUGAGUUUCUGAGCUUCGUGCCCACCUCUGACCAAAAGGGCUUCCGGCUGCUCCUGGCUAGCCCCAAUGCCUGCCUGCAGCUCUUCCGGGAGAAGAAGGACCAGGGCUAUGGGGAGGCGCUGCAGUUUGACGGCCUCAAGCACAAGACAAAGAGAAGCAUCAAUGAUAUCUUAGCCGACAAGCACCUCAGGAGGGACAGCAUGCAUGUACAGGAAUGCAUCGACUGGAACCGAGAGGUGCUGAAGCGGGAGCUGGGCCUCUCCGAGAGUGACAUCGUGGACAUUCCUCAGCUCUUCUUCCUGAAGGGAGCCUAUGCUGAAGCCUUCUUCCCUGAUAUGGUCAACAUGGUGGUCCUAGGCAAACACCUGGGCAUCCCCAAACCCUUUGGCCCCCUCAUCAAUGGCCGCUGCUGCCUGGAGGAGAAGGUGCGCUCUCUGCUGGAGCCUCUGGGCCUUCGCUGCAUCUUUAUCGAUGACUUCCUGUUUUACCACCAGUUGCUGGGAGAGAUUCACUGUGGCACCAACGUGCGAAGAAAACCUUUCACCUUUAGGUGGUGGAACUCGGUGCCCUGAGCCUGCCCGGCCACCACCCUUGCUGCCCUGCUGAUGGGAGUUCCAGGGCAAGGGACACAGACCA